AUGGUAGUUUCAAGGUUGCUGGAGGAGGUUGAUGUGGUUGAGUCAGAUUUUCCUCGAGAGGACGAGCAGGACACCAGCAGAAAGGUGCAGCAGGCCGCAAGCCCAAAGGCCGGGACGAGCAAAUUUGGAGCAACACCAGACAAGAAAGCAGGAGACGGAGAGGAUACGGCAACCAGCAGCAUCCCGUCACCAGCGAGCAACGGUAUCCAUACGCAGGCGCAAUGGGCACGGGUGCAGCUGAGCGAGCAGUCGAAGAAGCACCAAGAGAAGAAGAGCAACUUCGACUCCUCCGCUGUCUCCAAACAAGCUCAGUGGGCGCGUGAGCAGCUGAACGCGCAAGCGAAGAAUCAGCAGGUGGAGAAAGAGAAGUUCGACUCCAAUUCCGUCUCUCAACAAGCGCGCUGGGCGCGUGAGCAGUUGAGCGCUCGAGCCAACCAAGAAAGGGCAAAAGAAACGACCUUUGACACAGGAGCUGUCUCUAAACAAGCCAAGUGGGCAAAAGAGCAACUUAGGCUGCAGAAUCAAGAUGAACUUCCCAACGAGUUGUCGGAUUAUGACGUUUCAGGUCAAAAAUCCUUGGUUCAUGCAGAAAAGGCAUCGGGGUUUGGAGAGGAAGAAAGCGAGGAGAAUCAAGCUCAGUCAGACCUCGAACUCGUGGACUCGCAAGUUGCACCAACUCUGGAAGAUGAAAACUGUUUUUCGCAAACCGACAAGUCUCUAAGCAAGUCUCCACCUGCUUCCUAG